GAGAGUGUAGGAGUCAUAGACUUCACUACCGUUGCAGAGUAUAAUAAAUAACAUCAUCUAAAUGCAUGUUAAAUAUUUAUAAUUACUUACUGACUUAAACUUUUUCAUCAUGGCUUGCGUUGAUGACCUCCCGGAAGAAAUUCUGGAGUAUAUAUUGUGUCUUAUAUCACCUUAUAAUGAUUUAAGAAAUUGUAGACAGGUGUGUCAGCGAUGGUAUACAUGUUGUCAAGGCGUCGUUGAAAAAAGGAAAUCUCGUUUCUUCUCUGCGCUUCGAGCUGGCUGUGUGGAAUGGUUUAGCCCAGUGUACCCAAGUCACAUCAUUCCCAUCAGCAGGAGAUACUCACACUCAGCAUGUGUGCAUGAAUCCUCCAUGUAUGUGUUUGGUGGAUGUACAUCAACGAAUACUACCUUCAAUGACUUAUGGCGGUUUGACUUGGGGUUACAUGAAUGGACUCGUCUGUUGACAACUGGCACAUAUCCUUCUCCAAAGGCCUAUGCUUCUAUGGUAACAUGGAACAAUUGUCUAGUGUUAUUUGGUGGUUGGACAUACCCUUCCCUCUACCCACUACACCAGCAGUGGGUCUUGUUUAGUGAACUUCAUGUUUAUGAUAUUUUGGGUAAUCGUUGGACCCAGCUGUACUAUCCAGGAUCACCACCACCAACAGCUGGUCACUCUGCAUCUGUACAUGGAAGUGUGAUGGUUGUGUUUGGGGGCUUGCAGAAACAAGAGGGAACAUCUGCAAGUACUAAUGAUGUAUUUUGCUUGGACCUUGUAAGACAAUGUUGGUUUAAACCAGUUGUAUCUGAUCCCAUGCCAAAGCCUAGAUACGGUCAUUCACAAAUUAAGUUAAAUGAAAAGCACAUUCUCAUAUUAGCAGGAUGUGGAGGUUCUAAUAAACUGUACAAUGAUAUUUGGCUUCUAACAUUACCAGACAAUAUAUAUGAUCCAAGUGCUAAGUGGCAGUGGGAACAAAUUUCAGUAGAAGAGUCAGAGUUUAUGCCUUCACAGAUGUGGUACAAUCCUGCUUGUAAAGUUGGGAAUAGCAUUGUUGUAUUAUCAACCUGUGGAUCAAACAGCAACUCUGCAGGUGGCAAUAUGUCACAACUUCUAGUACCAGGUUCAGUAAGGAGACAACCUGCCAAUGUAUGGGUUCCUCCAGCACAGCAGCCAGAAGUCCAGCCACAUGAACAUCCUCCUCCAGAUCGUCAUCAGUUGGAACCAAAUGUGAAUGGUCAGCGUGGUUUUCUUAGGCCUGGUUUAAGGGCUGUAGACCAGGCAGAAUCAAGCAGUGAUGAGAGUGAUGACAUUAAUCCACAAGGGGCUCCAGGUGGGCCAGGAAUACCAGGAAGAGGAAGGCCACGACCUUCCAUAAGGCCCAAUGCAUCCAGUGACAGAGAACGCCGUCUUCAAGUCUUGUCAAGGAUGAAGGAAAGACUUCGUGAAUUGUCGAGGCACCAGCAGGGGGAACAAAGUGCAGCAGCUCCCAUGAAACCAGUUCCUGCUAGAAGUACAGUAAUUCCUCAUAUGUUGGACAUAGGUCAUGUUAUAACUACCAAGAGAGCAAAAUGGUGGCCAGUCAACCAAGGUGGAAUCCUCUCAACAAGCUCAGGAACACCACCUCAGCCAUCUCUCCUGUAUUCUCUAGUUCUUGGUCGAGGUCACCUUGUCAUGUUUGGUGGCAUUCCACAUGACCCCACUGGAGGACAGGGUCAGGAGACAGUUUCCAACUCUGUAAUAUUUGUGUCCGCUCCUUCCAGUUCUUUUAUUACUUCAUAAUUAGCUUUGACUAAAUGCUAAGUUCAAAUUCUUUGCUCUCUCAGAUGUUUAAAGCAGUUUCCUGCUUUAUGAUGGGUUUCAAAUAUUUCUUUAAAAAAGAAAGAGAUUACUUUUGUUGAUACUCCUUUAUCUUUACCAUAUUGACUGGCCUAUAAGAUACAUUUUUUUGAAAAAGGAAAUACCUAUCUACACCUAAAGAUACCUGUUUAGUGGAUUAAAGACCAAGUAACAAAAUUGUAUUAUUACACUAAUUUCACAUUACAUCAAAAUCAUUUUCCAUAAAUAUCUAGUAAAAUAAAGUUUUGUUUUCUAUAAAAUGCUCUGAACAAUAGAUGUGUCUUACAGCCUGGAAAAUUUGGUAUGCAUAAUUCAAAUUUAUAUAAUAUUUUAUAAACAAAUUAGAAAAAAAAAAAACAUUCCUGUAUGUUAUUAAAAAAGAUAAAUAGUACUUCAUAUUGCAUUAUUUGUUUUAAAGUAAUUAGCACAAGUAUUUGCUACUUUAAGUACUGAGUAGCCCAGUGUAGAUUACAGCAAUAUGCAUCUUCAUAUUAUUUUUUUUAUUUACAAAAAAUAUGGAUCAUAAUUCAAUAAUGGAACAAUGAUAUGCAUUCUGAGAUUUAAAUUUAAAUUCUCCUUUUCUGUUAGAUGUAGCAUGGACGCUACUAACCUUUUCUUUUAUUGUUUUAACUCUAAAGGAAAACUGUUCUCAUUUAAGUGAGAAAAAAGGUAUUUUCAUUAAUUAUUCAGUUAAUAUAAAGGUGUAAGUGAAAAUGACUUGUUCAGUUACCAUCUCUCUUACUACUAUAUGAAAUAAAGAAUAUGGAACCAGAGUUGUUGGAAUGUUACUGGAGUAGCACGUUGGUUUGAAGUUAUGCAUCAUGUCUGAUAUAUUAUGAUUCCUGGUAAGGAACUGAAGAAAAGGCCUUUUCUCUUUAAGAGUAGCGACUUUUAACAUUACAGACGAGAAAUACUUCUAUUCUUCUGAGUGCAUGCACAUUUCAAAUGAUGGCCACAUAUUUAGCAUCAGAUAAGACUAAUAAUUUUUGUUCUUUUGUGCACAGACAUACAUUUCAGAUGGUCACAUAUUUCAGCAUUAGCUUUGGUUUGUUACAUAUAUGCAAUAUACAUUCAGAGCAGCUUUGCCCCAUUCUGUGAUUAAUUUAUGGAAUGUUUUUUUAUCAUGUUUUCAUAAUUUCACAGUAAUGUAUUGAACAAAUGAUGUCAGGGAAAAGAUUGUUCAUAGAAAUUGUGUUUUUGGUUGUAUAAUUGCAUGGAUAUUAAUAUGCUAUCAGUUUUAUAUUGUUUUGAGAGCUUGAUAGACAGAGACAAAAUAUUUUGAUGUUUGAGCCCCUUGUAAUCUUUAUUCUAUACUGGUAUUGAUGAAAAGUAAUGUUUAGUUUAUUCAUAAUACUUUACUUUCUUACAUCACAUUUUUUUAGUGAUCUCUUUUCAUCAGUGCAGGUUCCCCCUCUCAAAGAUGAAUAUUAUUUGUUCAAAAUUUAAUUUGAACUAUGAUUAAAUAUAAAUGUUUUGUUUAUUUUUGUUAUUAUUUUUAGGAGAGUAGAAAAAAAUAUAAAUUUAAUAAAUUUUGUGAAAGUGCCAAAAGCAUUGGUUAUUUACUGCUUAAUCUUUGAAAAAGCAUCAAUUUUUUUUUUUCUUUUUGUGAAAAUAGUAUCUUUAAUGUUUUCUUUAUAUCAUUAUUGGUUAAAGUUAAAGUGUUCUGUUAGCAGCUCUUCAGUAAUAAUUUGAGCUGUUGUGUUCUAGUCAGCAAAUAUUAUCUUGUCUGUUUAUAAUGUGGCCUUUAACUUCAAACUUUAUAUAUUAGUUUUAAAAAUGACAUACAAGCAGGUGAUUUUACAAAAUGAAAUAACAUUGUUAUGAUGAUUAAUGCUAUGAAUGAGCAGUCUUUGAAUAUCAUUUGUAUUGCUGAUUCCUUUCAAUACAUGGUAAACUGAAAACAAAUCAUUAAAAUUGUCUUAUUCAUACAGUAUCAGCUAAAUAAAGAAAAACAAAAAAGAAAAGAAAAGAAAAUCUACCAUGUUCAAAUGUGAAACUAUUUUUCUACAUGAAGUGUGAGUUAUGUAAGAAGUGUAAAUAUUUUCAUUGGUACUAAAAAUGAAAUCUGCAGAUAUACAUAUAUAUAUAUAUAUAAAAAUCCAUUACACAUGUAUGAAAAAAAAAAAAACAUUUCUUUACACUUUACAAUUAAUUUGCAAGCUUACAGUAUGUAAAAUGAAAUUAACCAAACACAAGCAAAAAUGUAUUAUUAUUUGUAUCAGGUGCAGCUAAUAGGUAAAAUAUAAUUUGUCUGAGAAUACUUUAACAGCUCUGAUUUAUGUAAUGCUGACUCUACUUGUCCUACCAUUGUAUGUUGGAUAGUUUCAUCUUGUUAAAUCUGUGAAAAUGAAGGGAAGUUUACAAGUAAAUACAAGUUUAUCUAG